GGGUCGCUACUGUUGACUGCUGUUGACAGCUAAGAAAUAACAAAGAACGCCAUCUGUGAUUUAACAUGGAUAAUGUUUAUAAAUAAUAAAUAAAUAAAUAAAAUAAUAUUUAAACAAUGAAGUUAAUAAUUAAGUUAUAAUUUUGGAGUUAAAUAGAUCUUUCUGUCAUCGAAAAAGAUAAACAUAAACAUAACAUCAAGGACAUGAAGACUAGGCACCAGGACACUCAUAUGGCCUGAGAUCAAAUUAUUGUUAUGAAAUUGAUAAAGAUUAAAUAAGACAAACAAUGGCUGGAUAUUUAAAAGACAUUAAUGGAUCAAUUCGUUUUGAUGAAAAUCCUGAUAACUCUGAUGUAACAAUAUUGAGAAGAAAAUUACAGGCAAAGACAGAUGCAUUGAUGGUGCUGAGUCAAGAAUUUGAUCAAUGUAGAACACAACGUGAUCAAUUUAAAUUAAUGGCUGAACAAAUACAAGAAAGAUUUUGGUACUUUAAAAAACAAGCAAAUGAUUCAAGAAACACCAGAAAAUUAACUCUUGAUGAUGAUUUUCGUACAAUGGAUCUUUUAACUGAAGCUAGAGAACAAAAUAAAUGUCUACGUCUUCAAGUUGAAACAUUGAGACAAAAAUUAGGUGAUGUACAAGGUGAUAUUAAAGUAUUACGUACAAGUAAUAAUUUAAAUUUAGAUCAAAAUGAAUCACAACUUGCUCCAGCAGUACAUGAAAGAGAAGAACUUAUUGAACAAUUAGAAAAUUUAAAUAUAAAAUAUACACAAUUAAAACAAGAUAUAAAAGUACUUGUUGAUGAAAAACUUGAAUUAGAAACAGAAAGAGAUGCAUUUAAAUGUAAAGCACAUCGUUUAAAUCAUGAAUUAUCAAAAGCAUUAAAUGCAACACAGCCAAUUGAUUUAGAUUCACUCAUCAAUGAGAAUAGAUAUUUACAAGAAAUAAUUGAACAGUUGACUGAAGAAAAAGAAAUAGCAAGACAAUCAUUAUCAAAGUACAAAGGUAUGCUGGAUAGUAAAAAAAUUAAAGGAACAAUUAAACUUGGUGGUACAGCUGGUACAGCUGGGAAAGUAAUGACACUAAAACAAGUUGAACAAUUACUUGGACAAGAAGUUAAUAUAUCUGCUCAAAAAUCAACAGCUGCAUUGGCUGAUCUUAGAAGUCUUUGUUCAGCUCUUCUUGAGUCACUCAAUGACAAAACAUUAGCCUUGGUGCAUCAAAAAAAAGCCAACAAAAUUUUAGCAGCAAGAAUUUGUGAAUUAAACAAGACAACGCCAUCACCAACAUCAAAAUUAUUGGAAGGAUAUACUGGCUCUAAUGUUGAUGACAUUGAAGAAGAAUUUAUACGAAAAACACUUGAAGAUAAUUUAACACAACGUGAGGAUCAAUACAUGAUGAAUGUCAAAUCAUCUUCAUCAUGUUCAGAAAAUCCAACACCAACAAAAACACAAUUACCACAAAAUUUGGAAGAUCUUGUUCAAAAAGCACUAUUAAAUCUUGAAGAAAAUGAAAAAUUAACUUCCUAAAAAUAAAUUGAUUUGUUUAUACAUCUAUCAAGUAUUUAUAUGCAUCAAAAGGGUCUUGAUGUCAUUGAUAAAUCCAAUACCAAAGAUUAAAAAAAAAAGUCAUAAUUAUAAUUUAGUUUAAUCAAUUUUUUAAUUUAGAAAAAAACCGUUAUUUGUAUAUCUAAUUUGACAGUUAAAUUUUUUGGCAUUUAACACGUGGUUUAAUUGAGCAUUGUAAUAAAGUUUAAAUUUACAAAGCCAACCGCGAAAAUAUAAAAGAUAAUAAAAAAAAAUAUAUAUUUAUGAAAUUUAUACACAUUCAACAACAAAUGUCCGGUCAUGUGAAUCAA